AGUCAGCUUGUGAAAGUGAAGGGAAACGAACGGAGCAGUGGAAUACACCCCAAAAGCACUGCCCUCACUCGCGGAAGAGUAGAUCUCCGUUGCCGCCGAUCUCUUUCAAUGUCGUAGAACCACCGGUACGCUCUGCCGACGCCGCCGCUUCUACCACCGUCCCCCAUGGGUUCUGCCCACUCCUCCCAAUCCCCUCUCGAGGCAUUCGACGACGACGACGACGACCGCGAGGAGGAAGAAGAGGAGGAAGGUGUGCGCUCCAGGAACCCAAAGUCCUCUAAGGAAAAGGUCCUUGAGCAGGAGCCCGAGGUCCUUCCCUGCCGCACCGCCGCCUCCCCGCUCUCCCCCCAGCCCUCUGCUGCCGGCACCCCCCGCAUGCUUGGCCCUUCCGUCAAGGUAUGGGACCCCUGCAACGUCCUUCUCCAACUACCACCGUCGCCCCUGGCUCUCUUCGCCCGUGGCGCCCCCUCAGCGGCAACGGAUCGGGCCACGGAGGUGUUCCUGAUCGCCCACGGCGAGUGCGCCUGCAGCCUUCGUCCGGAUUUGGUCGGUGGGCGGUGGUCUACUGCGGCGGGGCUGACCGCAAAUGGGGAGCGGCAGGCCAGGGCGCUGGCCGUCUUCCUCAAGUCACAGGGCGUGAGGUUCGAUGAAGUCUAUAGCUCGCCGUUGGAUCGGGCAAGGACCACUGCGGCCUUUAUUUGCCGGGAGCUUGGAUUUGCAGAGGAGCAGAUCCAAUCCUCCGAUGCUUUGGUUGAGAUAAGCCAGGGCCAAUGGGAGGGCUGCCUUCGGUCAGAAGUUUACACCCAAGAAAUUGUGAACUUGAUUAGCAAAACACAGCCUGAUUUCUGUGCACCUUCAGGUGAAUCACUCCGGCAGGUUGCAUUUCGGAUGAUCGAAUUUCUCAACAUGACAGUCCUAAGAUUGCCUGAAAAGCUGGCAGCGGCAGAUACGCCGAUCCAUCAAACAGAGGCGAAGGAACUCUCAUGUAAUGGUGAUGGGCCUCACUGGGAUCUGAUGUACAGGCUUAAUCGACCGUCUCUUCAGAGGAAGAAAUCUGGUAAGAGCAGGCUUCAGUUUGUGACUACGGGAGACGAUGACCAAAAAGAUGAGUUCUCUCCCAGAGAAGUCACACAAGGAAACCUCCUUCCUGAUGGUGGCAGAAACCCUACCUUCUCCAUGGGAAUCUUCACCCAUGCAACACCAAUUAAAUGUUUUCUCACGGGUCUGCUCGAUUGCAGUCCUGUAAUGUCUCAUAGAAUAUCUAUUGAUGACUCUUCUGUGACGGUCCUGCAUCAUUCACUAAUAACAGGAUGGCAGAUAAAGAGGCUCAAUGAUACAGCACAUCUCCGCCUUCUUUAGACCAAGGAUGAUAUGCUAGGUUACUUGAGGGCUGAGGUAUCUCUCUCUCUCUCUCUCUCUCUCUCUCUCUCUGUAUUCUUGCAAGUUCAUUCUGUACGCAAAUGCUACAAACUAUUCCAACUUAAUAUACUGAAAGCGGAUAGACACGAAGAAGCAAAGCAGGAAGAGAGGCCAUUGACAUUAUAUCGUACAUUGCCAGCUCCAAGUGCCCAUAAUUGUGGAUGGGACGUACCUGCUUGUUUCAUCUGUCAUCAUCUCAUUUUUCGUGUGCAAACUUGUGAGGGCUUCAUAUAAUCGAUCAAUCUGAUGUGCAUGUUGAUGGCGAGCCUACGUUUGUGCAAUCAGUCACUUUUCUUGUUCUUCA